GGGGCCCUACAGGCUGUCGGCCGAGAUCGCUUGCCUGCUUGCCUCUGGUGGAGAGCCAAAGCCAAAGCCACAGCCACAGUGAGAGUGAGCCUCCCCACGCAGUUUAGUUUGACUCGAAUAACGGGACCCUCUACAUCGUUCCUCAACUGUGACUGUGUUGCGUUCCCUUUCCCUGUCUCAGCUUGUAGUUCUCGUGCGUUAUUGUGUUGUGCUUUUGCUUGGUGUGUAUCAUGUGAGUUUAGUGGGAUAUCAUUACCAGCACGAUUUGCGUACAGUAAGUUAUUUAAUAAGUGAUUUGUGGAAACUGUGAUUUUGUAGUUUUUCAAACCAAAACAUUAUUCAUUUCUUCGAUACAAGCAACCUGAAAACAGAAUUGAAAAAUGGCUAAUAAAUCAUUCCAUCUGCGUUGGAAUAAUCACCUUCAGAAUUUGCGCACAUUAUUUGAAAGCAUCUACAACGAGCAGAAUCUAGUGGAUGUGACUCUGUCGUGCAGCGAUGGCAUGCUCAAGGCCCACAAGCUGGUCCUCUCCGCCUGCAGUCCUUACUUUGAGGCUGUUUUCAGGGAUAAUCCAUGCAAACAUCCCGUCGUCAUACUAAAGGGCAUCCAGCUACAGGAAAUGCAAACAUUAUUGGAGUACAUGUACAUAGGCUCAGUCGAUGUUCAAGAAGAUGACUUGGAGAUUUUGUUGAAUGUGGCCAGUGAGCUGCAAGUGAAGGGACUUGUUCAGAAGCAACAGCCCUUCGCCAAUGGCAAUUCCGCUGGCCAGCCAAAUGAAAGGAAGAGGAGAUUCGACAAUGACAGAAGACUGAAUAACGGAAAAUCGGAAAAACACUGGAAGGUUGAAACCCUUCUUUCACCAGAUGGACUCUUCUAUAACAACAAGAAAAGUAAAAAUAAUACCAAUGAAAACAGCCAGAACACUGAACCAAUUGAAGAAGAAUCGCAAUCACAGAACGAAUCCAACUCGAGCCAGACACUGAUGGAGUCUGACUCGAACCAGGGGGCCAUGCCACUGCACCCAGUCAUCAAGGAGGAGCCUUCGGGCGUGGAGAGCGAGGGGGGAGGUACGUGCGAUGACGUCAUCAACGCCGCCAACAUGUUCCACCCGGGGGCCGAGGCGGGAGUGGGGGCGGAUGAGAAGCUACAGCAGCAGACUGCCUUGGCGCUGUUAGAGCACCACGAGGAGACCACUUUCUGUCUCAUCUGCAACAAGAACUUCCACAGUAGACAGAACCUGCGCAGACAUCUGCAGACGCAUACCGGCGAGAAGCCACACCGCUGCGACUACUGCGACCUGUCGUUCCUGCGACUGUCACACCUGCAGCGGCAUGUGCGUGUGCACACGGGCGAGCGACCCUACGCCUGCACACUCUGUCCGAAGCAGUUCUCGCGCUCAGACAAGCUCAAGUCGCACAUGACCAUGCAGCACUCUGGCCUCACCCCCACCACCGACAAAAAGCCGCGUGGACGACCCAGACUGCAUCCAAUGGUGCCAACCGACUUCAGCCUGACAAUGAACAACGAGAACAGCAUGUUCGAGUCGGCUGGCAUGUCGAUGAACGCCCUCGGCCUGCCGGGUCGCUUCAACGAUGUCACCAUCAGUCCGGCGGCCGCUGCGGCCAGCACAUGAUGUUUGGCCCAGUCGCAGCCAGGGGCCGCCGCAGCCGCAGACGCACCGCCCGUCAAACGCAAGCGCGGCCGGCCUCGCAAGAUACGUCCCGUCGAUCCCGAUUCAGCUUGGGCGCGUUAACUUCGCUCAAAAACAGUCAUUUCUACUUGCAAACAACUGAACGAUCUUCUCAAUCAGGCUGUGUUCUAAACUCUGCAAAACAACUUUAUCGGGAUAAACGUGACUCAAGUCAAUUCUUGCAUUCUGGCUACGACUUUCGGAAAGAAAGAAAUUCAAAGACACUUAUUGUAAAUAUUUGUCGUUCAAUGUUUACUAACACUUGCUCCAUACAACCGAUUGAUGGUUUCUAUCUCGGAUACUAGAACACCCGGUAGGGAUUACGGACUAGAUUCACAGUAUGCUGCCGUGGCAGUGACGUCACUCUGAUCUCUAUAAUGAGUAUAGGGACAUGGGUAUGAGUAUAUUUAUACUAUUCACAGUUCAAAACAAACUUAUCUUUGGCAGUAACCUCACUCUGAUCUCUAUAAUGAGUAUAGGGGCUUAGGUAUGAGUAUAUCUAUACUAUUCACAGUUCAAAACAAACUCAUCUUUGAGAAUAUUAUAAAUUAAGUUGUAAAUAACACAGUAUAUAAGAAAUACAAGAUUACACAAACAAACACAUUAUCAGGAAUCACGAGAAAACACAACAAAGAGCAUACCAAGACUAUAUACACCAUGUAACCGUGAUAUUCCUGUAAUAGUAUUUACUAAAGUUCUAAUACACUGUGAUGAGGGGGAGAAUUCAGGGUCACGUCAGGCCUCACAGCUCUCCAGUUUGAACCUACGCGUGAUCCCUACUGUGUGUUACAAUAUUCAAGGUUUAUAUGACCAUUUCAUUGAGCUAAAUCCUAAUCAUUUACUAACAUAUGUUUCAUAGAUAGUAUACUAUAAUGCCAUUAGUUGAACAUUUUGUUCAACCAGCUGAAUCAUCGUCGUUAUAAUAAGUACGUAUUACAAAAAUGUCGUCAUUACUUGAACCUAGUGUACUUAUCUUUUCAUGCUCAACCAUACCAGUAACGAACGAAUGAAUGAGUUCAACUGUGAGUAUUGAAGAAUGAAUGUUGAGAAGCCCCAUUAAGACUUGGAAUGUUUUAUUUAUCUGUAUCUGAAUGAAAUAAUUUAAUUUGAUAAACCAAACCAUUUGAUUUACUUAUUUCAACGUUGGUAAUGAUUAUUUUUGUUCCAUAUUUAAUCUAGAGAAGGAUGUCGUGUUUUAUUUUGAAAAGUAUAUUAUGAUAAAACUAUUAUUUUAUUGUAUGAGGUGAAUAUGCUUACUAUUCAAAUAUUCGCAAGUGGUGUAGCAUUUAAUUUAAAAAAAUUAAUUUCUCACCCAAAAGUGUUAACUGGCAAAAUUAUAUCUUGAUAUCAUUUAAACCGUCGGAGCUUUCAAAGCAAAAGAUUAAAUUUCAUAGUUCUUACUAACUAUUUUACUCGUUUACAGUAAAACUGCAAUCUUACCAUAGUCUAUUUGAUAAGCACUUUCUGGAUCAAGUUGAUCAUGAUAAUUUUAUUUAUUUGUAUUUUUUCUACUACUGUAUCAUAUCAGAAUAACCAACAUUCCUUUUAAUCAUACAUCAAUGUUUAUCUGGCCAAGUAUUCAAUUUAAUAUUUUAAUUUUACCGUAUUAUUUGUUACCAAAUAGUUGAAACGCUAUUAUUACUAUUGCAUAUUGGUAAUGAGAAAUUGGUGAAAUCUCAACCAAUAUUCAAUAUUACCUAUCAAUAAAAUUAUGUAAUCAUUCAUUUGAAAAUUGGACUAAUGCCUUGGUUAUAGUGUAUAGGUGGAGCUGUAGUGCGAACAGAAAAGGACAGUAAGGUAUUGCACUCCAACCGGGUGAACGUGUCAGUUACUGACCACUGUCUGGUCAGUACUAUGUAACCUAGUCGUCAAAUCGGGAUAAAUCGAAUCUUCAUUAGUCCCAAAAACAUCACAAUGAUUGAAAAUAAAAACCACGGCUUGAUUUGAAUAUUGUAGACAGAAGCCAAUUUUUUCGUGUUAUAAGUUUUGAGUUCAUCAAUUUAUAGACUUUCGAUUAUUCCAUACAUUUGAACAAUUCUCGACUUUUUCCAACAAUCCUUAUAAUUUUAUUUUUUCAAUCUUUAUUUUCUAUUUUUAUUUUUGUUUUGUCAUCAUUCACAUUGCCAUAUUGUUAAUGAAGAACGUACUCUCCCUAAUUUGACAUGCGUUUUGGAUGAAGAGUUCUCGUGUCCAUACAAAUAUCUACAUUCUAUUCAAUUGGUCAUUGAAGUGCCUGCUGUGUUGAUUAAUAAAUAAUUUAUACAUUUUUCUGUAGUACCUACAUUUUCAGAUAUUUAACAGAGAAAAAUAUAUAAUCUUAAUAAAAAAAUUGCCCAUACAUUAUAAUUAUUUUCAUACUAUCAAAUAAUCAUCUAAUAUUACAUAGUAUUUACAUGAAAGCUCAAAUCUAAAGUUCAUCUAUUGUAUUGGUGAUGAGGGAAAAGUAUAUUAAAUAUUUGACAUAUCACAUUGUCUUGUAAAGCAUUAUUAUUUUUCUAAUGUACAGUUGAGAUUGAAAAGGACCAGUUGAAAGAAGGAUCCUGAUAGUUGAAAGCUUAAUUAUUAUUAUGAAAUGAAAUUAUAUCUAAAACCUAUUUUCUAAAUUCCGAUAUUUUUCUACGUACUAUCUUGAAAUGAAUUUAUAUUCUAGUUGAGAUGAAGAUUAGAUUUGAUAGAAUUAAAAAUCUUCAAAGUAGGUUUAGGCCUACUAGUACCUAUAAAAAACUUUCUAUAUGAAGCUAUUACAGUAUUUGGGAUGGAGACAUUAAUGAAUAUUUUGCUAAUUUCUGAGUAAGGUAACUUCUUGAGUAAAAUGUACAGAGAAUGUCAAACAUUUAUUAGUACGUUUAUUGUACCUGUACAGAAGUCAAACAGAACUUUAAAGUUUAUUGAUAAGUGAAACCAUCGAGAAAAGAUUGCAUAAUCUUAUGCUUUCUUUUCUCCAUGGUAAAACAUCCAAUAGUAAUGAAUAUAGAUGAGCUUUGAAUAUAGAUUCUGUGCUUCAAAUAACGGGUUUUAAAUACAUUUUUUUGGAAAAAAGGCGAACAUCGAAAAAUUAAGAAAUAUAUUUCUUUGAAAAUUUUAGAAAAUGGCGAACAAGAUUAAUAUGCUUCCAAGAUAAAUAUGUUUUAUUUUGUGCUUAUUGACGAUUUUGAAAAGUUCUGUUUGGUUUGUGUAAUUAUAUUAUGAUGAUUUGUUUAGCACUUGAAAUGUAGAUGAUUCUAUUUUCAAGAAUUACAAUAUUUUUAAAUUAUUUACAAUUGUGACCACUAGAAAAUAAUGCGAAGGAUAUGGAUAAAGUAUACUCUGACUGAUAAUAAUAAGAUGAUUGGUUCCCAUGGAGCAAUUAAUAGAUUGGAAUCGUAAUAUUUGAUUUAUAAAGAACUUUGAUCGUUACGUGGAUUAUUUACUACUUUCAUCAAUUUGGGGCUAGAUUUUUUUGCUGAGGGUGAUGCCCACAUGAGCUCUAGGCUUGUGCGUGGUUAAUAAAGCGAAUUUUGCUACAGAGUUGUAUUGUGAACAAUUCACAUUAACCAUACUUCUCAUCUCCUUGGCUAUUUUCCUCGCUGAAUAUACCGUAUAUCUGUAUUCAAAUGAAAAUGGCUGUUAAAAUAACUGCUAGUCAUUCUGGUUAAUUCUGAAAGUGGUAUUGUUUAGAAAAUAUAAUUAUGAAUCUCAAAAAACAGAUUGUGAUGAGCAAGUUAUUGAUGAAUUUUGUUAGAAAUAAGGUUUUAAUUCAACUUGCCAUAAUAUGUUUGAGCUAUCUACCUCGGAGUGGACUUUCACUCACCAUAGCAUGUCAAGGAACAUGAAAAUGUGCCAUUGAGUAAUAAUUAUUGAAUUAUAUUUUAUAGUUCCUUUGUUUGCAUGCAUGGACAAAACAUAAAUACUUCUAGAACAUACGUCUCUCAAUUUCUAGUUUAUUCCUAGACUACCAAUCAAUAGGCUACUGUACCGGAAGAUUUUGAUAAUUGAAGUGAAAGAAGAAUGAAGAUUGAAAUAAUGCAAGUUGUUUCUCUGUGAAAAUGACUGUUGUUGAUUGAAUUUUGGAAGUUGGAUUUGUGUGAAAUUACUCUUAUGUUUUCUUGCUUUUACCCCUAUUAUAUUGUCUUGUAUAGAAUUGAUUUAUUUGUGAAAUCCUUAUUGUAUCCAUUUUUGUAUAUUGUUUUUGAAGUAUUGUAUUUUUUUAUCCAAAGAAUAAACUAAGAAUAUUCUCCUUAGUCUAUAUUACCGCAUGCUAUCAUGUAACUUGGAAGAAUUAUUUUUACUCUCUUACAAUGGAGUCGAAGAACAAUUAUAUUUUGUAAAAGUUGAA